UUCAAAACUAAUAAAGAAAACGGGCAGGAAAACCCCUAAGUACUGUUGUAUUUGUAAAGGAAUUUACAGAGGAAAGGUUAUUGAUGGGAGAAAAGUGUCAUUGCACCGUUUUCCUCAGAACAAACGUUUAAAACGUGUGUGGGUGCAGCGAUGUAAAACGGUCAUGAGAUCGUUCCAGUGGAAUGAACACAGACGAUUGUGUAGUGAGCAUUUUGUUGGCUUCAGAGGACCUUCAUUCCAGCAUACACUUCCAUCUAUGUUUCCAACUGAGACUGGUGCUACCAAAACCUUCCAGCCAACGCUCCUUGAUGAAGACGUAGGUGAUGAUGAUGAUGGUGAUACGGUCAAUGACGAUUUAGACCUAGAACUGUCAAAUGAUGAUAGUAUACAGCCACAACUGUCAUUUGUAUCCCCUUCCGGGCAUGCCAUUGAUACCUCUGUCCACCUGCAUGAUUACUGCAUGGGACCAGUACUACAGCCACAGAAUCAGUCCUUUAGAUGUUGUGACACACAGACUGAGAACAACUGUGCAGUGAUGGAAGUACAAACUGAAGAAAGUUUCCUGGGAAAAACAGCAGACUUCAGUUCACAAACAGAACAUUCUACUAGAGACUUUGGUGUACAAUGUCAGCUACCUAUGCUCACAUAUGAUGACGUAAAAUACAAUGACGAUUUGGUCAGUUUUUACACCGGAAUCCCUAAUCGAGUUGUGUUUGAAGCUUUGUUUGAUGAAAUCAAGGAUGAAGCUGAAGUGCGGACAUCAAGGCGGAAACUUAACUAUAAAGAUUCAGAUGGAGGACGGCCAAGAACUCUAAGUGUUCUGGAUGAAUUUUUCAUGGUGCUGAUGCGCCUACGUCUAGUGACAAGAAACUCACAGAAAAAUGUGGACUCUUGGACUUGCUUGAAGAAGGACACGCCAUAA